GCUCGGGAGAAUCACGCACCUCUGACUGCUACUGCUUUCAAAACGAACCUUUGGGAAUUAUUUUAACGUGAAAACUCGGAUUUUCUUGGGAAAUUCAUCGCACGGCAACAAUGUUGACUAGUCUCAGGAGCUCGGACACGCCGACAGGUCCUCAGUGACUGUCUGCAGCCCGCUGACUAUCACCUCCUGCACCAGCCUUUGAAGUGAGGCCAGUGAGUGUGAACUGUUCUUCAGCCAGAAAGACUCCUCCCAGUCCCUCCUGCCACCUUCAAAUCCUCUCCUGACACACAUUCUUUUGGCUGCCAAGGACACUCAAGAGUUGUUGAGACAAGGACCAGUUUGGGCCAAUACAUCCUCAGAGGGAUUAUUCUGCUUUAGAGGACCUAAACAUGGGGAACCAGUUAACAGAAAUUGCCCCCAACACCCCGUUCCUCCCCAGCUUCCAGUCAUUGCAUGUAGUUGUGAUUGGUUUGGACUCUGCGGGGAAAACCUCCCUCCUCUACAGGCUCAAGCUGCGCGAGUUUGUAGAGACGAUCCCCACCAAGGGGUUCAACAUGGAGCGGAUUAAAGUACAGAUGGGGAACACCAAAACCAACACCACCACGUUCCAGGUGUGGGACGUUGGCGGUCAGGAGAAACUGAGGCCCCUCUGGAAGUCGUACACCAGGAGGACGGACGGGCUGGUGUUCGUGGUGGACUCAGCCGAGGCGGAGCGCAUGGAGGAGGCAAAGGUGGAGCUCCACAGGAUCACUCGGUCGGCGGAGAACCAAGGGGUGCCCAUACUGGUUUUGGCAAACAAACAGGACCUGGAUGGAGCCAUGUCAGCUUCAGAGGUGGAGAAGGUGCUGGCUCUCCAUGAGCUGAGCUCAUCCACACUGCACCACGCACAGGGCUGCUCAGCACUGGACGGUCAGGGUCUGCAGCCCGGCCUGGAGAAGCUGUAUGAGAUGAUCCUGAAGAGGAAGAAGAUGCUCCGACACAGCAAGAAGAAGAGAUGAGGAGGGGAUAGAUGGUAGCCAAUCGUGGGGAUAGAGGUUACUUUCUUGAACCUCUGCUUGUCCGAGGAACUUCUCAGCAGUUGUGUGUGUGUGACACUUUUGCAGCUUCGGUGGGUGAAACCUGAGGGAAGCCCCGACAGUCCUUCAGAGAAGCUGAGACGUUUCCAAACUGUUUCAAACUUUGGCUCUGAAACUCUGAGCCCAUUGUUAAACACCUUCACUCACUUACCUGGACACACCUGCUUCCUUUGGGAUUGUUUCUCUUCCCUCUCCUCAUCUCUGGUCCUUAAAGGAGCCUGGUGGAGAGACACACAGCUCCAGAGGGACAGUGCAGAGGGGAUGACGGAGGAAAACCAGUGCAAUAUAUGACGAUGAACACUCACUCCAACUUUGAAGGAUAUUUUGUACCACUACCUGUACAGACUUGUAGUUCCAACAGAAACCUGCAGGCCUGGCCUGAGCCUAGUUCCUGUUCCUCUCACUAAGUUUCAAUAUUAAAUUUUACUAUAAAUCUUUAUGUUGCAUGAUGUUCACCUGUUCUGGAAUAUGAAGCAACACUUUUGUUGAUCAAAAGAAGACGUUUGUAAGAAUUCCAGGUUAGAAGACGCACCGCCAACGUGAGAGACGUUUACAGAGUCCAGCCAUGCACGUUUAGUUCUUCACUCUUCACCAAAGUGGUUCGCUUGUCACGGUUCGGUGUACUUCAGGGCUGGACGAACGGUUGGUUGGUUGGUUCAAACAAGAAAUUGUUUUUACAUUGUGUACAUAUUGUUUUGUAAAAUGUUAACAAACGAAUAAAUUAUUUAGCAACUUUGG